AUGAAAACGGUGCACGGAUUAAAUACUUGGCAGUAUUCAGCUGAUCCGUUUGUGGAAACUUUGGAAUUAGAUGGAGACGUAGAAAUGGGCGAAUUCAAGGAGCUUGAAGGUGCUGGUGAUGAUACCGCAAGCAAUGAUGCUGUUAGCGCCGAAGAAGACACCGCUUCCCAUGAUAACGAUGAAUGGGAAGGUUCGGCUGCAGGUACAGCGCGGCGAGUUCACAGCGGUGAGAAUAUUGAAGCUGCAAAACUUACUCAGUAUCUACUUGUUCCGGUACUCGAAUUAGCUGUCGUUUUGUCAAAGCGCUGUCCACAUCCCCUUUGCCAGCUCAGCGAGCAACUUUCGGUUGCUGCAACCAACGCCAUUUUAGCGGCUCUGCCGGUGCUCUUCACAUUCGUUUCUGUAGAUCCUUGUUCACCUGGAAGAAAUCUGGCGGCCCAGAUGUGGAAUUAA